CAGGUAGGCAAAUACUAAGUACACUCACUGUAUCAUUUACUUGGUGACAUCAUGUCAAAGCUUGGAGAUGCGGAAGGGUGCAGUGGUCUCUACCUUAUGCUUCUUCAGAGGGGCCAGGUGCAAAAUAUCAGAAUGGGGCCCUCGUGCAUUAAAGUGGAGUAUAUAUACUCACCAGCAUACCCUUCAUUUCUCACUUACAUCUCGACAUGCCAUAAGCUAAUCAUCAAGAAGUCAAUGAUUGCAAAUAUCCACCCAUCGGGAAUGAAAACGGCAAGACGACUCGACGCAUAAUAACAUGCAUUCUAUGGGUUGGGAUUAUGGCUUUAGCUUCUUUGAUUGGAAUCACAGUUGCUAUUAUAGUCAUGUUCGCCGUUACAACAGACAACAGCGGCUUCCACCAAGACAGCCCCGAAUACGCGCUGUACAAGAACUCUAGGUUCAAAGACUGUUAGGACAAUCAUCCACCUGUCGCCAACAACUGCACUGCCAUUAAGUCUAUGAUGAGAUAUCCUUUGGAUGAUUACUAUCACGCGCAAAAUAUUACCUACUUGACGUCUACCGAAAUACUUAGCAGCAGCUUGCCAGAAAAUCGUUACAAUUGGUGCGAUGUAGUGAGUUGUUUCAACGAAUUCAAGGUCGUCCCAUCGUCACUACGUCCCACGGCGUUUUUUAUGAGAGGCAUUACAACAUCUACUGGGUGUGCGAUGAUCUUCCUUAUGGCAAUGUGGGCAAUUCAAGAAACUGCAGAAUCGUGACAGAAGAGAACGGUGCAGGAAAAUCGAAUGGGAUCUUUGGAUUAUUCUGGCCUGGGAUCUGGCCGCGAUUAUAUGGUGGUGGAUCAAUUUUGUGCGAUACCUCCAUGAGCCGACACAAUUUCGCAUGCCUGGGAUUUUCAUAUGGGUAUCUCUUUGGAAGUAUGGUUACUUAAUCGACUUUCAACCUUACAGUUGCGUCCUCCACAACAUUCCGACAGUAGCGCAGGUUAUUAAAUGGGCAUUAAACACGUUUUCGUUCGUUCAGUGGGUGGUAUCAGCAUACGUAUUGCAAAGGACCCAGUAUGCAACCUCCGACUAUCCCACGUACGAUUGCCUCGCAUCUCAGAUUCCGACUGCGCCUGGGACCUCGACAUGCUCAGCAAGCCAGAUUUGUUCCCGGGACUUGCUCUUCCAUUCUCACUCUAUGGGACUCUCCAGCGACCAAAAUAAAAACCCUGAGCCUGGUAUCUACAUUAUUUUCAUCUGUCUCAGUGCAGUAUUUCUCCUCAGAAUCAUGGUUUAUCUCUUCAUAUGGUUGGGGCUGCCUGUUUGUGGCCCGGGGAGCCUCAAAGAAUACAGAGAGCUAGCACGCAAGAAAGAUGUUGGCUACCAGCUCUCUAUUUGUGGCCUUUCCUUUCUCGGUAUCGCACUCAUGGUUUUCACAGCUUAUUUCGCUAUAAACGCAGUCCAGCGUGGUCGCGAAACAAGUGUUGCUAUCGACUGGGACUGCAAGGCGGUGCAUGUUACUCUGAGCCCCUGGAGAUUCUACUUCGAUGUGUGGUAUCAGUUACCAGUACGCGUGGUCCAAAUGUGGUUUAAUGUAUGA